GUAAUCAAGGGGGAUGCUGGGAGCCAGGACUCCUGGGUUCCUUCUGUGCAAAGAGGUAGAAGCGGGUGGGGGUUGAUGGUGCACAAGCAAGGGCCUGGGGCUAGUAGGAGGUAGGACUCCUGUCCUGGGUUUAUUAGGCUAACCUCGAACGGGGUGAGGAUAGGACAGAGGACGUCUGUGUCCUUUAAGAUCAGGCGUCGGGUCUAGAUGAGGCGGGGACUAGGAGAUGGGAUCAUCGGCUUUAUUUAGGAGAAUUUCCUGUGCGUGGUGGUGGCAGGGAAGAUCCAGAGGAGCCGGCGGCACUCCUGCUCCCCUAAACCCACAUACAUAAUAACCGAGUCGCUAGACCUGGGGGAGGUGCAACUCAAAUCCCUCCGAAACGAGAGGACCACUUUCACCCCAGUUUGUCCUCACUGAAGCUAAAAACUACGAUUUGCCAGCCACGAUGUCUCCUGAUGAAGUGACCUACCUGACAGUCCUCCUUGUCUCCAUCCCCAUUGGUUUCCUCUUCAAGAAGGCGGGGCCAAGAUCCAAGCAGUUUGGGGGUGCAGCUACGGGGUUCGUGCUUAUCCUGGCCACUUGCAACAUCCAUUCCCUCCAUUCUCUCAUCACCAUCCUGGGGACGUGGCUUAUCAUUAACCUCUCACCGCGGUCAUGCCACUACCUGACACUCGGAUGGACUUUUUUAUAUCUGCUCUUUUUCCGCACAGUUGCUUCUUUUGGCUUUCCUGAACCAACCCCUUUCACCAAUGCUGUGCAACUAUUACUCACCCUUAAGAUGGUGAGCUUGGCCAAUGAGGUGCAAGAAUACACUCAGGCAAAGAAACAGGAAGUGACAUCAUUUGCCAAGUCUGCCAUGAUUGGUGUGAUCCCCAAAAUGCCAGGACUGGUGGAGAUACUGUGCUACAGUUAUUGCUAUGUGGGGCUCAUGACAGGCCCAUUUUACCGCUACCGUACUCACUAUGACUGGCUGAACCAGCCUGAUCCCUCAGUCAUCCCUAGCUGGCAACCACUGCUUCUCAGAUCCAAAAUGAUCCCCGUCUUUGGAGCCUUUUUCCUGGUGGUCUCUCACUACUUCCCCCUGGAUUAUGUCCGAAGUGAUGCCUUCUACGAGCGAGGACUUCCUUUCCGCCUUUUCUAUAUGAUGCCCAUCUUCUUCGUCUUCCGCAUGCGCUUCUAUGUGGCCUGGCUCUGUGCUGAAUGUGCCUGUAUCGCAGCUGCCUUUGGGGCUUACCCAACUACUGCCAAAUCCAGGUCAGGUGGAGGACCCACCAUGCAGUAUGAACCACUCAGCAGAUCAGCUGAUGGAGAAGCCUCAUCCAGUAUUACCUAUGAUUAUGAGACUAUCAAGAACAUUGACCCCCAUGGCACAGACUUCUGUGUCAAGGUGAAGGAUGGUAUGCGUUACUGGAAUAUGACUGUCCAAUGGUGGCUGGCACAGUACAUCUACAAGAGUGCACCGGUCCGCUCCUAUGUCAUGAGGAGUGCCUGGACGAUGCUCAUCUCCGCCUACUGGCAUGGGAUUCACCCUGGCUACUACCUGAGCUUCCUCACCAUCCCACUCUGCCUCGCGGCGGAAGGCGCCAUGGAGAGCGGCCUCCUGAGACGCCUCUCUCCCGCUGGCCGUCUCUAUGGCGAUUGGCUGCAGUGGUUCCUGAAGAUGCGGGCCUAUGACUACAUGUGCAUGGGUUUUGUGCUGCUCACUUUCGAGGACACAGUUCGCUACUGGAGCGCCAUCUAUUACUGCAUCCACUUGGGGGCCCUGGCCUUCCUCCUGUUGGGGAAGGUAUUGGGGGGCUGGAGAGAGCAGGGCUCCCAGAAGGGCAGAGACGACGCUGCAGAAAAUCCUCAGCGGCAGGAGUGACUGAGCUGCAGCGAGGUCGGGGCAAGCCCGCAAUAGGAGGUGUGUCUGUGGUCCCUGGAGGCUGGACAACUAGACGGGACUUAACAUGACAAUUUCUGCCAUGCUCCACCACUGAAAUGGGCUGGAGAUCCAAGAAUAGGAACCAGGAGUCGUGCCAACAAAUGGCUUUUCUUCCAUUCCUCCCAAGCUAGGGAAUGUCAGGAUUCUGACACUCAUUGCCACCUGCGAUAACUCAAUAGAUCCCAGAGUUUCUCCAGGGGCAAAAAAGCCAGAAACCCCAGCUUCUAUCCUGUUCCCCUGUUAGAUUUGCCUUCCAGCCUUCAUUACUCCUCUCACCCCUAUUAAAAACAGGGCUCCUAGCAUCUCUCAGUUCUAAAAUGUCUUUCAUUUUUUUCUUAAAAACAAACAAACACCACCUCCAAAUUUUAGCCAUUCUACAGGGGCAAAACAGGAACUUGCAAGAAUGAGCUGAGCUCCAUGUCUUGCAAGUUUCCCAAUAGUUCCUGGCUGUAAUAUAUAUUUUUAAAUAUAUAUAUACUGCAGUUGUAUCCUUAAAAAUGUAUUUUAUUUUUUUGCAGGGGGUGGAUUGAGGUUUGCUUCUGGGUGGGAGGUAGGCUGAGCUGCUAAGGGACAAAAUAGUAUGGAAAUGCCCCUGGUCUAGUGUGCCAGCAGAUACCUCUGUGCACUGAGCUGUGCAAAACCCUGUCAGACUCUCACCAAGUCUUGAAUCAAUGACCCCCUCACACACACCAAAGUAGGGGUGAGAUUCUUGAGAUUCAUCCUGCACAUCAAAGGAUGAUACAUCAAAACUAAAGCCUUGCUAAUGUGCAGGAAAAUAGCCAUUAAAAGUUGCACCUAUGGACCCUAUCACAUUUAAAUGUAUCAGUGUUCAACUUCAGCAACAGGGAAGAUUAUUCAAGCUGGGCAAAUUCAGCUUUGCAGCCAUGACAAAUUGACUGCUGAAUUCUGUUCAAUGGGACACACAAACACAGGUUUGUGGGGGCUUGAAAAAUGUAUUGGGAAGCCUUGAAAGCUGGGUUUUACAUUACAAGACUCGGAUAUGAAUGAAAAUGUAAUUUUGCCUACCCUUAGGCUAGUUUCUUUCUGUCCUAAAGAAGAAGUGAAAUGGCCUGAAUACAAACAUACUUUGUAGGCCAGGCUGAUUGGAAACUUAUCUGAGAAAUAAAAAGUUUUGUUAAGA